AUGGAUCCUCAACCGCUUCCUACAAACGUUUCUGUCAAAGAAGCUAAAGUUAUAGCAGUGGCUAAAUUAUUAGAAGGUCACUACGGCGAAAACUGGAGACUCGAUGAAGGCUUAGAUUUUUUCACAAACAUUGAACUUCGCCAGCCAGAAGAAGCUGACGCUAAUAUUGAAGAUGUUCCAGAUUUGCAAUGCGAAACGGUUGAAGAGCUAGACGCCUUGUCUGUAUAA